AUGUCACCAUCGUACGAAAAUUCCGUUCUAUCAGCGAUUGGCGCACGCACAAUAUUGAAUCUAAUCUGUAAACUUUUCUUUCGUUUCCUACAUUUUUUUCUCAAUGCUCUUAUUCUUCGUCAAAUUGAUGGAAACAUACUUGGAAUUGCCAAUGUUCGCCUUCAAUUACUCUACACAACAAUAUUGUUUCUAUCACGCGAAGCUUUCCGUCGAACCGUCCCGAAAUUGAAUACUAUCCGUUCAAUUCAACAUUACAUCAAUCUGAUAUGGGCAGUCCUGCCAGCUGGAUUAUUAAUGACAUUCAUCUGGUUGCCAAUAACUCUAUACUAUAAAACCGAUAGUGCAGAUAAAUAUCCAUUCUAUCAUCAGGCAUGUGUCUACUAUGCUCUCGCAGCAUUUAUCGAACUAUUGUCUGAGCCAUUGUAUCUACUAGCUACUGUUACACUUAAUUAUCAAAUAAAUAUUUAUAUUGAAAUGUUCGCGUCGACUUUAGGUAAAUUUGCUUUCCGUGAAAUUCAACUACAUCCAGAAUCGGCACUUUAUUAUUAUGGUUUGGGUUAUAUCAUUUAUGCAUUAUUGAUAACAUCGACUUAUUAUCUAUAUUUCUUAACACGUACGAAGAAAACUCGUCAAGGUUUAUUUCUGGUUACAUCGUUACAAGACUUAAUGAUAAAACCUACGUCUCCAUUUGUUGAUUCAAGCGUAUGGAAUGAAACGAUAACAUUCUUUAAACAAGGUGUAUGGAUGAAAAUCUUAACAGAAGGUGAACGCUACGUCAUGUCCUUAUUCAAUCUGAUAUCCUACAAAGAUCAAGGAGUGUUCGAUAUUAUCAACAAUCUAGGCUCACUUCUACCUCGAUUGAUUUUUUCAACAUUAGAAGAAAGUGCUUAUGCUUAUUUUCGACAAACGCUAUCCAGAACAGAGACAGUCAACGAUCAACAUGUACGAGAUGAUGAGAUGUUAGUACAUCCAAGAAACGAUGAACCAACUAUUGCAUCAUCACCUACAUCGACAGAACAACAAACAAUCAAGCAGAAUGCUUUCACAUUCUAUAAUUAUCUACUUCGCUGUGUGAUAAUCAUAUCAUUCAUAGUGAUCAUAUUUGGUAUGCCAUACUCUCGGUUUCUUCUAAAUCUUUACGGUGGCUCAACAUUAACCGAAGGUCCCGGUCCGUUACUCCUUCGUUUGUAUUGUAUUUACAUUUUAUUUCUUGCCGUCAAUGGAAUAACCGAAGCGUUCUCUCAAGCAACCAUGUCAAUCGAAGAAUUGGAAACCUAUAAGAAUCGCAUCGCUAUGUUUGCUAUAGUAUAUCUCGGUGUAUUCUACAUAUUAAUACAGUUGUUAGGUGUUCACGGAAUUAUCAUUGCUAAUUGUUUGAAUAUGUCCGCGCGUAUAAUAACGAAUUCCUUUCAUAUUUAUCGAUAUUUUCGUGGAAAUCAAUGGUCGAAACCAUUUCAAUUCAGUCUUCAGUACUUGUUUAUUCUAUGUUUUACAUCCUUUCUUUGCUUUUACAGUGAACGAUGGUUUAGUAAUUCAUUGCUUCAUUUCGGCUUUGGAUCUAUUCUAGGUCUCGGAAUUUUGUUUUUGACGUGGCGAGAGGAAAGAGAAAUGAUUCAUUAUAUAAACUGUAUCAGACGAUUAAAUCGCGAACAGAAAAAUUCGAAAAAAGCCGAAUAA